ACGUGUCGUGACUCUCAAUGCUGAUACUUCGUCGGGUGCCGGUAACGGGCCACUCGUGACGUUCUCGUUUGUAAAACGGCCAUCCUCUUACUGCUGGUCACCUGGCCCGAUUUUGCUCCUGCCAUUCGUCCCUGGACUGAAUCGAUUAAUAAUUGCUGUCUAAUCACUUUUCGGUAACUUUUUUUCUCCAGCCGACGAGGGAAACGCUGGUUCGCGCCGAAUCCGCCUUCACGUCAUCGUCGUCAUCAUCGUCGGCUUAUCACCGCCACUGCCGCUGUCGCCACCGCCACCGCCAUCGCCACCGCUGCCGCCGCCGCCACUGCCGCAUCCUCGGACAUCCGUGGCCGAGGGAGUAUAUAUUUAGAAAGGCAAACGGCGCUGGAGGGGGGACUGAGAAUCUGGAGCACGAACAGGUGGUGCAGUAUCAGUUGAACAAUAUCAGUCGGGGAAGAAGUAACAGAACGGUGGAGAGAGGCUCUUGUUGAAGAGACUCAAGAAAUUGGAGUUCCUAAAAUACGGCACGAUAAACGCCAUCGCAUUCUAAACAAGGUAUUCUGGACAAUCAAUAUUUAUUGCGGAGAUCGUCGGAAGGAAGCGUUUUUUUCCAACAACCUGUGAUUAUGCUCAGCCCAAAAAUGCAAAAAUCUGUGAGAAUGAACGAUUCGCAGCUCGCCAUGCUCGCGGAGAAAGCUCGUUACGAUCAGUCGUUAAGUGGAUAUUUACACAAAAGGAGCGCCGACUUGGCCAAGUGGCAAUUACGAUGGUUCGUUUUAUAUCAGAACUUGCUGUUCUAUUAUGAAAACGAAAGCUGUUCGCGGCCCAGCGGCGUUAUUUUGUUGGAGAGUAGCUACUGCGAUCGUGUUGUCACCGUCAAAAGCAAAGAGCCAGAUAAACAGGUAAAUCACUGUUUCGUGAUUUCCUACAGAAGGGAGAAUCAACGGCAAUACGAGUUAAAAGCAGCUACAGAAACCGACUGUAAAAUGUGGAUCGAUGCUAUACGAGAAGCUAGUUUCAACAAAUUGCGAUUGCAAAAGGAGGAGCUCGAGCAAAAGCAUCUACACCUGUUGCAGAUUGUCGAGAGCGAGAAGACAGCUAAGUGGCAGUAUACACAGCAAUGCGAGGAGCUUAUGUCAGAAAUAAAGAAGCUCCGAGCAGAAUUGUGUGCCUUGAAAAAAGAGUUGAGGCCUGUAGCUUCAUCGUAUACAGGAAAGCCGAGAGUUCAAAGGACCAUGUCCCAUGGUACUGGCAGUUUAUACAUGUCAGGAUCUCUUUAUGGAUCCGACGAACACGAUUCCGUAGUUACGUCGUUUGGAAUACGAAAUAUUACCGAGGCCGAGGUGCAGAAAAUUAAAAAGGUUCAGAGCUUCUUGAGAGGAUGGCUGUGCCGCAGGCGCUGGAAACAGAUCGUCGAGCAAUACAUUAAAAGCCCUCAUGCUGAGAGUAUGCGUAAGCGGAAUAGCUUAGUGUUUCAAAUGGUGGAAACUGAAGAAGAGUAUACAGAACAAAUGGAGAUAUUAGUGAGCUGUUUCUUGAGGCCUUUUAAGAUGGCCGCUAGUUCAAAGAAACCCCCUUGUAAUCACGAGGAUGUGAAUAGCAUAUUUUUGAAUAGCGAAACAGUAUUAUUCCUUCACCAGAUCUUCCUGAAAGGUCUCAUUUCUCGUAUGGAGAACUGGCCUACUUUAGUUUUAGGAGAUUUGUUCGACAUGUUACUGCCAAUGUUAUCAAUUUAUCAAGAAUACGUCAGAAACCAUCAUUACAGUCUUCAAGUGUUGACUGAAUGCAAGCAAUCAUCACCUGCGUUCGCUGCAAUGCUUAUUAGAUUGGAGAACAAGAUCGCUUGCGGAGGACGUUCACUAGAGACCUUUUUAACGUAUCCUAUGCAUCAGAUUCCAAGAUAUAUUAUUACACUGCACGAAUUAUUGGCGCAUACUCCCCACGAUCACGUUGAACGGAAAAGUUUAGAAAACGCGAGGCAACAAUUGGAACAUUUAUCGAGACAAAUGCACGACGAGGUCAGUGAAACAGAAAACUUACGAAAAAAUUUGGGCGUGGAACGAAUGAUCGUAGAAGGCUGUGAUAUUUUACUCGAUGUCAAUCAAGUAUUUGUAAGACAGGGUACACUCAUUCAAAUAUUAGACAAGCCAAGAGGAGCACGAAGUAGAUUUAGCGCAACGUUCGGUGGGAAAAGUAGUGAUAAGGAAGCAGUCAGACAAUGCUUCCUCUUUUCCAAACAUUUGUUAUUAACGACGCGUCAAUCGGGCGACGACGGUCGUUUGAAUCUUGUUCCACAAAUCGGAAAAAUACCACUUUCCGAUGCAGUGUUAGUGGAAGACCCUAACGAACAGAAUAUUGCAGAUGAUGACGAACUGUCAAUGUGUUCGAUAUCCAGUGGUGUAAGUGAAAGUAGCGGAAUUGGCAGUGGAAGUGUCAAUACACAACUGCAGAACCGUGACUUCAAAAUUAUAUUCGAUGUAAAAUCCGGCGGACCUCAAUUUACCGUACACCUCGUAGCUCCUACUAUUCAGGAGAAAGCUGCUUGGAUAAGCGAUAUCAGUCACUGUAUGGAUAACGUUCAUUUGCACGAUUUACUUCAAGGCUUGUGGUCGGACACUAGUUCUGUCACGAUGCCUGAAGCUAUCGAAAACGACCCGAAAUUAUUCAAUGAUGACGUGGACAUCAAAUUCAGUAAGACUUUAAAUUCCUGCAAGAUUCCGCAAGUUCGAUUAGCCACACCUGAACGUCUACUUCAACGUCUGAUGGAUCUGAGAUUUCUCAGUAUCGAUUAUCUCAAUACAUUUUUGAUAACUUAUCGAGUAUUCAUCGAUAGUGUCACUGUGUUAGAAACCUUAAAGAAAGCGCUUUACGAGGCUGAGCCACCGUAUGCUGAGAUGCCUACUGGUUCUCUCGUAUCUUUAGACGUCUUGGGUGGAAACGCGACAGACUCGCAACUGCAGAUAGACGAUAAGAAACGAAGCAUCCUUUUACCACGAAAAACUAGUGGAGCUAGUUCAGUUUCUGGAUAUGGAUCCGAAAUAAGUGAGAGCCAUGAAACAAAAAGUCAUGGUUCUGGUGACUCUAGCAGCGGCGGACAUAUACUUAAUUCAAAGGGAUACUGGCGCACUGGUGGAUAUAAAAAGGUAGAUGAAGAGCAGCAAUUAAGCUUGAUUUCGGAGGCACCUUCAAUUAUGAAACGAAGUCCUACUGCACAAUCGUGUACUGCGUCUGUUGGUUCUCAAUCUCCGGCAGUGUCACGAAAAAUCAGCAUUUCCGUGGACAAAGAAAAGAAAGAAGAAGACGAUGGCCGUCAUUUAACAGUACCAAAAGUCAUUCCUGUUUCAUCGAGCUCUGAGACUCUUACGGAUAAUACGAUAAUGAGUGCACCUUCCUCUCCAAGCAACCUUAGUUCCGUUACACUGGUUGGAUCAACUGGUUCUGGAUUAGAUCGAAGUCCACAAGAUGGUACUUAUCGAUCUGUUUCCAAAGAAACGGAUACACAAGUGGCAACUGGUCUCCCAAAAGAAGACGGACAAUUUACUUACGAGCAUCUCGAGUCUGAUACAUCGACAGAAGCAGAAGAGAAAACACCCACAGAAAGUCCUACUACGUCAAUGGCAAAACCCGCUGAAAUAACUGAAAGUAAAACAAGCAAAGAAGAGAAACAGAAAGAACCUGAAAGUGACAGUUCAUCCGUGCAGACUCCUCAAAAAUCAAUACCAAAUCAACAGAAUCAACAAAGAUACCAACAUAGAGCAUCCAUUGUCUCUGCUCCUGCGGCUACUGCAAGAAGUAGCUCGAUUUCUACGAUAACUGGAAAUUAUUGGGCGAGCAGGCGUUCAAUUCAGGAAAACCAAUUGUCUUUCCAACAAGGCACCUUCCAGCACGAGCAGAUUUCCAGCAAAGCUGGAGUUGUGAUUACCAGUUCUCGCCAGAGUCAUCGAAGCGUUGGACCUGUAUCUAUCUGGAGCAGUACAUCGACAGCUGCGACCGCAUUUGCAAUUGCAACAUCUGCAUCAAGCAAUCCGCCAGACAUUGAUAAGGAUAAUCGAAGCGGUUCUUACUAUGAUAAAAACAGCCGGAAGGAGUCGGUUAUGUCAACCGCAACUAUGAUGCGAGUGUUAAAAGUUUUGAGGCAUUGGAUUUCGAAACACCCUCAGGACUUCGAAUCCGAUCAGAGAUUGAAACAUCUGACGAUUAAAUUUCUUGAGGAUAUUAUUCGCUCGCCUAAUCUUCUGCCGGCUGAACACAAAGCUGCGAACCAACUACUCCGAUUGAUCGCGAAGGAAGUGCCGGACAGCAACAAAGUGGAACUAGAAAAACUGUUGGCUCCUCCUACCCUGAAAAUUAAGCAAAGUAUUGAAACGUUCUCGUCAGUUGAAGUCGCAGAACAAAUGACAUAUUUGGAUCAUAAGAUUUUUAUGGCUCUCUCAAGCAAAGAAUUUCUCGGACAGGCAUGGAUAAAACUUGACAAGGCUACACGAGCGCCCAACAUUUGUCUGCUAACAAAACGAUUCAAUGAAAUGUCACAAUUGGUUGCUUCCGAAAUUGUCAGACGCAAGAGUGUAUCAGCGAGAGCUGCAAUGAUUGAGAAAUGGGUUGCAAUUGCAGAUUACAACAGAACUUUACACAAUUUCAACGGUGUAUUACAGAUUUGUGCAGCCUUCUCAAACAGCUGUGUUUUCAGAUUAAAGAAGACUUGGGAUAAAGUUCCAAAAGCGACGGUUCAAAUGAUGGAAAAACUACAAAACAUUGUAUCAUCGGAUGGACGAUUUAAAAAUCUAAGAGAAGCUUUACGUCGAUGCGAUCCACCAUCUAUUCCUUACAUAGGAAUGUAUCUAUCCGACCUUUCUUUCAUAGAAGAGGGUACUCCAACUGUGACUGAAGACGGCCUCUUAAAUUUUUCCAAAAUGAGAAUGAUUGCCCACGUGAUUCAAGAAAUAUAUCAAUUACAACAGGGAUCGUACAAUAUCGAACCGGUAAUGAAAGUUCUGAAUUACCUAUUGGAUCCUUCGUUGCAGAUCGACGACGAUACUCUCUAUCGCAUGUCUUUGGAGAUCGAACCAAGAUCAUCCAAGCUAAGUAGUUCAAGUUUACUUCAUCUAACACCCUCCGUCGCCCAGAAAUCCAAGAAAUAAAUUUAAGUAUACACGUCCUUUAAUUAUCGAUACGCAAUUUAUACUUGUCUUAUCCUUCCAUACCUACCAUACCUAUCCCUACACUCAUUCGAUUCUACAUCUGGCGUGCGUAUUUAUAUAUAUUAAGUCCCAAUGUGGCCAUAGUCACUUACAUUCACGCAUCACAGAAGAACUGGCCUAGGUGAAGGAACUGGCAGAGUAAGAGUUCGUGAGACAGAGAAGUUGUCCAGGCCUAUAAUAUACUGUAACGCGUUCUAAAAUUUCAAAAAAUGUAAAAAUAGGAAAACAUUUCCAAUCGAUUCUAAAAAUAGAAAAAUUUGUUUCUCCAGAUCUUGAAAUUGUAAAAUCAGUUAGAAUCGCUCUCACAAAUGUUUGCCUUACGAUUGUGUUUCCAAUUUUCGAACAUUAAUCUUCAACGUGAGAAAUUUAAAUUUAAAUUUCAAAUUCCAUAGAACUAUAAUGUAUUUUUUUCUCUUAAAUUGAAAUCAUUAUUCGUACUAUGAACGUAGUUGAUAUUACAAGACGUUUAAUUUAAAGAUUUAAUUUAUUUUAGAAGAAAAAAGAAAGUAAGGGUUAAAUUUAUAUAUUGAUUCGGAUAUUGACCAUACAUCAUUUCCUAAAAUUCCAUUUACCUCACUACUUAUGAUUUAUUAAGAAUAAUCUUGUCCAUACAUCAAACUAAGAAACAUAGUGAAACAUGGCGAAAUAUGGCGCAUAAAUGAUGUCACGCGUUUUGGCGCAUUCCCCACAGAUGUUUCACACAAAGGAAAGAUCGAUGGAACUUAUAGCGAAUAACUUUUUGACCUAAUGGUCUUUCUCCUUCGAUAAUUGCAGUUUAUUCAAAAAUUGUACAUUUACAUUGUAUAGAUAUAUCUGUGAUGGAACAAUACUAUUGAUGAACAAUAGUUAUUGUACAUAUCAAUGACAAUGAAAAAUUGUCAAUAAUUUAAAACAUAAUUUUAUAAAAAAAGAUCAUAUAACAAUCAAAGUAGGAGCUUCACGUUUUAAAAUAAGACCAAAUGAAUUGUUAUAUAAACUUGUUUUCGUUCGUAAAUAUUGUUAAAAGACUGUAAAUAAAUGUUG